AUGACUUCAAAAUCAUUUGCGGUUGUGCUAAGCCAUGGUUCCUGGCAUACACCGGAACCUUACCAAGCUCUUCUCAACGCCUUGACAGAAAAAGGCAUCGAAGUGCAUUGUCCCCAACGGGCAACCUGCGACCUAAGUCAGCUCAAUGUGGGCAACGUCGACAAUCCGGAUUUCAAUCGCAAGGCACCACCCGGAGGCUACCCACUUGCUUCAGAUGAUGCCGCAGAGCUUGGAGUGCUGCUAGACAAGUUGAUCGCGCAGGGCAAGUCGAUACUCCUCGCCGGUCACUCUUCCGGCGGCUGGGUCGCCGCCGAGGCUGCACAGCCUGCGCGACAAUAUCCUGUCCGCGCAAGGGAGGGAAGGCCAGGUGGAAUAAUUGGACUCUUUCUCAUCGGCGCAUUCGUUCUUCCCGAGGGACAGUCAGUUCACUCAUUUUCGCAGCGUCCGGACGGGACGGUCGCUGAAAGCCCAUUUAAGCGAUACCACAAGCAUGGCAGUGAUGGCCUCGAAACAGUGGUUGACGCCGAGAAAUAUCUUUUCAACGAACUUGACCAGGCCAGCGCGAAGAAAUGGGCAUCCAAGUUGACGGCAGCUCCUCUUAUGAAGAGUCCUCUGACCCAUAACCCUUAUGAUGUCCUUCCGUGCGCCUAUGUGAUCCUGGAGAAGGAUUGUGCUAUACCCCCGGAUCUUCAGGAACAGAUGGCAACGAGUCAAAGCAAGCCUUUCACGACAUAUCGUGCGCCCUGUGAUCACUCGCCGCACUUGAGUUGGACAAAUGAGCUUGCGCAGAAGAUCGAGGAAUUUGGGGACAAAGUUGUGACUGAAAGCGGCAUUCGUGCGGAUUGA